AUGUCACAUAAAAGAAUAAAGAUACCAGGAGCUGAAGGAUAUUCAGAAUUAUUAAAUGCAUUAGAACACGAUGGUAAAAAUAUUGAAUAUAUAACUAUAGAAACCAUUGAAAAGAUUAACCAAAUGCUUGAUAAUGAUUUAUUUAAUCGAACAAAUCUUGAUAGUAUUCAAUCUUUUGCAAGCAAAAGUGUAGUAAAUAUACCAACUCUAAAUGAUAAUAAUGAUACAUAUGAUUUAGUAAUUAAAUGUAAUGAACGAUUAGAAAUUCUUGUUGAACAUGUAAAACAUGAAGAAUUUUUAUUUAUUGAAAAUGCAGAAAAAAUAUGUGGUUUAAUUGAUCUUAAUGUAAUGUAUAAUAAUAGAAUUAAUUAUGAAACACAAUUAUUAUGGAAAAAUGAAAUAAUAGAAAUGCAAGGACAAAUAUCAUCAAAUCAUAUGGAUAUUUUAAAUUACUAUCGAAAUCGAAGUGAAAUUGCAUCAAAUAUACUUAAAGAACCACGUAUUAGUGAUUAUUGGGAACAAUUAAUUGAGAUUGAUGAAGAUUUUUUCUUUAAACUUAGAACGAUACUUUUUAAUCUAAGAUUAUUCCAUCUUAGAUUGUUUCGUAUCGUAUAUAAUUGGAUACAUCCUUCUAAAUAA